AUGGCCAAGGUAAAGGGAACAGGAGAUUUCUAUGGGUUCAAUCCUGGAGAGAAGUUGGUCUUGAAAUUCAUCAAGACCAAAAAAUACAAUUCCGGAGUUCGUAUCACAGAGAAGGAUGUUGCGGCACAAAAGCUGGCGCAGCAAUAUGCAAAAGCCUUCAAUGAGAAACAUCGGCCAGUGAGAGGCAAAGAACCGCUUGACUUGUUCUUUCGUAUUGGAACCCUCAUUUCAAGCUCAAAGGAUCAGUUGGAUGGAACGGUAAGAAAGAUUUUGGAGGAUGAAUUGAUGAUGGUGGAAAUUCCCAUUUACGGUGAGUUCAAGAAGUUCAACUCCAACACCGGUUGGUCAUCUGGUGAAGGCAAUCUUCCUGGAGCUUUCAGCCGCUGGACCUGGGUUGAGAGCAACGGCAAGCAUUUGAUUUGUGACCUCCAGGGUCAUAGGGGCUUGCCAGGUGGCAUCAAGACAACUGAUGGGAGCAGCAACUACUACGCAUUUUCUGACCCCGCAGUCUUGAGCAAGGUCUCUGGAUCUUAUGGACCUGCUGAUCUUGGAGAGGAGGGGCAGAAGACGUGGUUUUCCCACCAUGUUUGCAACGACUUUUGCAAGUCACUUGGCUUGGAGGGGAAAGUCAGUUACAACAGCGUUAUCAAUGCCUGCGCCCAGACGGGAUACGUCGAGCGCGCGGAGAUGUGGCUUGGCCGGAUGCUUGAAGCUGGCGUGCAAGCGAAUGAGGUGAGCUAUAACAGCGUCAUCAAUGCUUGCGCGCAAAAGGGCCGCGUCAGCAGAGCGGAGAUGUGGCUGGAAAAAAUGCUUGCUGCUGGAGUGAAGACAGAUGCCUUCAGCUACAACAGCGUCAUUAAUGCUUGCGCACAACGGAGAGACAUCGAGCGCGCAGAGACUUGGUUGGAGAAGAUGCUCAGUGAGGGCAUUCAAGCUGAUGAAGUCAGCUACAGCAGUGUCAUCAAGGCGUGCGUGCAGAAGGGUGAGUUGGAUCUGGCCGGAUAUUGGUUGGAACGCAUGGCAGCUGCGGGUCUGCAGGCCAAUGAGGUCACUUACAACACGGUGGCAGGGGCGUGCCUUGCCGCUGGUGACAAAGACCGCCUGGAACGAUGGCGCAAGCUGAUGCGCUUGGAGGAGAAUACUGUACUGAAGGAUCCUCCACUGCUGAAGCCCUCCAGACCCUCAUCCUGCACGACUAAAAGCUUGGAUGACGUUGACCAGGAUAUUCUGAGCGACGCCUUGCCAAAGAGAGUUGAAGAGACGCGACGCAGGCGUCCAGCCACGGAAAGCCGGAAGAAGGAAGAUGGAGGUGCCGCGGUGCGAAAGCACAGGCCCACACAGGUGUCUGUGGAUCGAUCGAAUACCUGGAUGUGGGCAAGGCUGCUCAUCAUGCUGGUAGUGCUGCAGCUGAUCCUGGCAGUGUGGUCCGACUAUGCCGUGCAGUCCGCCAAGUCGUGA